CGCUGUAGGCUACAGAAUGACUGCGGCUGCUCUCCCUCUCCAGACUUCUCUCUGAGAGGCAGCCCUCUCUUUAUUUUGUCUUCUCCUUCCCCUCUUUUUCUCUGCCAGACGUCAGGAGGAGACACAGGGCUCUUGUUUGGCCUCUCUUGUGUGGGAAACUGAGGGAAAAGACUCCUCUCGCUCUUUUUUCAAACUCUUCCUCCUGUCCGCUUUUGAACUCUCUCUCUCUGGAUGUGACGGACCAUGCCGGUGGUAGGGGUAGCCUCCAAGCUCAGACAACCCUCAGUGGGCUCCAAGCCGGUCCACAGCGCUCUCCCCAUCCCCAACCCGGGAAGAACCGCUGCCACACGAGGGUACAUGGCCAGGACCCCAGAGCUGAGGGGGUCAGAAUCCCCCCUGCUCUCCUCCUGUCAGCUGUCACUCAAGUCAGAGUACCAGGAGAGGAGGACGCAGCAGAAGCAGCAAGGACGGAGCAAGGAGACAGAGGAGAGUAAGAUCUGCAAGAUUUAUACAGACUGGGCCAACCACUACCUGACCAAGUCUGGCUGCCCUCGACUCAUCAAGGACCUGACCAUAGACAUUGCUGAUGGAGUUCUGCUGGCAGAAAUCAUCCAGAUCAUAGCUAAUGAGAAAGUGGAGGACAUCAAUGUCAGCCCCAGGAGUCAAUCACACAUGACCGAGAAUUUGGACGCCUGCCUCAGUUUCCUGGACGCCAGAGGAGUGAAUGUACAAGGGCUCUCCUCAGAAGAGAUCCGGAAUGGGAACCUAAAGACCAUCCUGGGACUGUUCUUCAUCCUGUCUCGCUACAAGCAGCAGCAGCAACAGCAGCAGCAGUACUACCAGUCCCUGGUAGAGCUUACACACCAGACCACCGGGGCGGCGCCGGCCAGCCCCCUCAAAACGCAACCAGAGAUGCAGUCCAGUCUCACUGCGCGGUAUGGUAGUCCCCCGGGUCACAGUGGAAUAGGAGCAACACCACAGAAGAAAAACACAAGGUUGCCAGGGCCGACCAGGGUGUCCGCUGCAGGCAGCGGGGCCCCCAAGGGCCAAGGAUCCUCCAACCUCAACAGGAGGAGUCAGAGCUUUAACAGCAUCGAUAAGAGCAAGCCUCUCCAGUAUGCUAGUGGCAAUGACAGAGAAUCGGCGAAGAGCAUCCCUCUGCCUGGCAGCAUGAACGGAGGUGCCCCCGUGCCCACCAGCCUCAGCGGGCAGCAGCUGGCCUCUGCCAUCCCCUCCCCCACCGCUGGCAAGUCCUGGCGCAGCAAGUCCAUGAACAUGAAGCACAGUGCCACCUCCUCCAUGCUCUCGGUCUCCACCUCGCCCUCUCACUCGCCCACCCCACCCCCUGCCUCCGACCGCCUACGGCCCCCCAUGACCGAGGCGCCCAAGUCGGGCUCUGUCGCUGGCGGUGGCGCCUCCCAGAGAUCUAUGCUGGACAAGUUCCGGAUGAUCAACCCUCGCUCGGCCUCGCGGACAUCGCCGUCGGUGGCCGAGAUGGCCUUGCAGGAGGAGGAUGACAUGUCGGAGUACGGCGAGGAAGGGCUAAGCAUAACGGAGCCAACGUCGUCAAUGUGUACUAGCAGCAGCAACAGCACCAAGCCGCUGGCCAAGACUGCCUCGCCCCCCUCCCUGGCAGCAGCCAACAAGGGCUGUGUGAAGGACUCGUCGCCCUCCACCGGCGGCAGCAAUAAGUCCCUGCCCCAGCCCAAAGACAAGGAGGAUAAGAGCAGGAGCAAAGGAGGUAAGGCCAGCACCCCUCCCAAAGAGGAACAACGGGAACCCAUGGUGGAUCCAUCCAAGAAGACCUCUAAGAUCGCCAGCCUCAUCCCCAAGGGAGGCAAGCCUGCAGCGGGAAAGAAGGACAGCGCCAUCCCCCCUGCCUCCAGUGGAAUCCCCAAGCCUGGGCUCAAGGCCCCCUCGGCUACGGGGAAGCCGGCCGGCGGUCAAGCCCAGACCCAGGCCACCCAGGGUGGUAGUGGAGGGGGCAGGGAAGGGGACAAGGCCAAGGUGGUUAAAGGGGGCCAGGGGGGCUACUACAUGCAGCAGCGCUCCCUGGGGGGCCUGGAGGGCCGGCGAAGCAACAUGGUGUCUUCCACCAGCACCUCUGCCCUGUCCCAGCCCCCAGGGGCCAUGGGGGGGAACGGAGCGGUGCAGCUCCCCCAGCAGCAGCAGCACAACCACCCCAACACAGCCACCGUCGCCCCCUUCAUGUAUAG